AUGGCCCCAGCGUGUACGUUUCUGUCCAUACGAAACAAACUCUUUCAAACGCCGCUACAUUUGGCGGUUAUAAUGCGCAAAAUGAACAUCGCGCGGCAGCUGGUGUGCGCAGACGCAGACGUCACGGCAGUCGAUAGGAACGGAAAUACGCCGCUUCAUAUAGCUUUUCGUGAUGGUUUGUACGAAAUUGCUCGUUGUUUGUUAGAGCCAGUGCGAAACCGCGAAAUCCAAUGCCAUUCUUUCGAUAUACCUUAUCAAAACAUUCCACAGGAUUUCGAUAUCGCGAACUAUGAUGGUUUGACCUGUCUUCAUCUUGCAGUCAUGAAUAGACACGUGGACAUAUUACAACUCCUCAUCGAACGCGACGAAGACUUAAACAUAAUUGAGAGGAAAGCGGGUAGAACUGUUUUUCACAUGGCGUGUAUUAGCGGUAACGUCAAACUGGUGCGGACGUUAAUGAGUGUUAGAUCGUGCAAUAUAGACGCACGGACGUACAGCGGGUACACGCCUCUUGACCUUGCGCGUGACCAUCACCAGGACGGGGUAUACACGAUCCUUGCGGCUGCAGGCGCGAAACAUGGCACCGAAUCUGUGCACAGUGACACAGAUUGA